AUGGAGACAACUCAUCCACUAACCAAUGAUGACCCGUCUUUAGAUUUACAUCCCUCAAAUAAUCUUUACCCAAUUUCCACGGCCAAGAAUCAAGACUCAUUUUUCACAAAAACCCCUUCAUUCACAUCUGUCCAUUAGUUUUAGGCGGGCUGUUAUAGAUAUUUUUUCUUCAAGAAAACCAAAAGGGGUUGCAGUUUUGGUGGUGUAACAUGGGUGAAGCAGUGAUGACAAGUGAAAAACAUGAUGAAUCUUUGCCAAAAAUGGUGCUUAAGGUUUUAUUGGUUGAAGCUGAUGAUUGCACUCGUCAGAUUAUUGCUGCUCUGCUUCGUAAAUGUAGUUAUAGAGUUGCUGCUGUUCCUGAUGGUUUGAAGGCAUGGGAGACACUAAAGGAAAGGCCUCAUAACAUAGACCUUGUAUUGACUGAGGUUGAGCUGCCAUCAAUAUCCGGAUAUGCACUGCUUACUUUAAUUGUGGAGCAUGACUUGUGCAAAAACAUACCUGUUAUAAUGAUGUCCUCCAAAGAUUCCAUUAGCACAGUCUUGAAAUGCAUGGUUAAAGGAGCUUCCGACUUUCUCAUUAAGCCUGUAAGGAAAAAUGAGCUGAGGAACUUGUGGCAGCAUGUUUGGAGAAGAAAAACGCAAAGUGCUCGGAGUCAUCCUCGGAAUGAAGUUGUUGAAAAUCAGAAACUUGUAGCAGCUUCUGAGAAUGACACAGCAAGUAACUGUUCUAGCGAUAAUCUGGAUUCUGUUCAAAAUGGAAAUGACAAAGGUUGCAAGUCACAAGGUGUUAUAGAUAUUAGACAUAAAGAUGAUUCAAAUAUGUUCGACAAUGGAAGACAUGAAGAAUGUGUUGAAAUGGUUGAAAGAUCAUUUAUGCCAGAAAGUAAACCACUAGCGAACAUGACAAGCUCUGGAAUGAGAACUUCUUCCGGCACUACACCUGACAGCUCAGUUGCUAUUGGUUCAGAAGAUGCCACUCUUUGUGCUGAACCAAGGGUUACGGCUAAUGAAGUGCAUCAUGGAUGUUUUAGUGCAAAUAAGUGUACUGCUGAUGAAGUUGUUUGCCAGUUGAAUGAACUCUAUUCUGCUCCUAAUACUGCUGAGGCUGUUGACUUGAUGGGGAAUUUUGAAAAUUACUUGGCUCAUUGUGACGGCCAUUCUCACGACAGUAGAGAAAAAUCAAAUCUCGCUUCCAGGCUGGAUCUUUCUUUGAGAACCUUUAAUCCCAGUUGCUUAAAUGAUGAAGUGUCGUGGGAGCAGAACAUGAUAAGUUAUUCAAAAGCAUCCGCCUUUUCUAAAUAUGAAAAUAAGAUGACGGUGCAACCUCUUUUCUCUGGAUUGAGUAGCAAUUCAGCUCCAUUGAAGGAAGGCUCUAGUGCCUCUACUUGGCAGCAUGAUGCUUCAUUGACUGAGAGUCAGGAACACGAAACAGCUUUGGUUAUGCGCCAACCGGGAAAUUGUAAAGUUGCACUAUCGGGCACCCAAGUAAGCUUCAUUCCAGUUGACAGGGUAAGGUCUGGAAGUAUGGCUGCCAGUGACAUUCAGAUAAAUGCUUCAGUAUACAAUACACAAUCAAGUUCUCAUCAUGUACAGAGCCCUCGAUCACAGUCUCCACUUCCAACAAGUUCUUUGACUUAUUCAACUUCCGAAGGUCAAAAUAUGGAGCAUUACAAACAACCAUUUGAUGAUACUACAGUUCACUCUGAGGAUAAUGCGGAAGAAGAAGAUGACAGAAAUUUAGUAACAGUUGAAAAGGCAAGAUAUGAUGAAUCUUGUGAUUUGGGAGGUGGCAUGAAAAACAAGCUCAGUAGCUCUCAUUGUGGAAGUAUUUCUGAUGAAGCUGUAGAAAGUUCCUUCCCAGUUGUUAGUCCAGAGAGAGCUCCCGUUUCUGAGAGUGUGAAUUACAAUGAUAGGACAGGAUCAGAGAAUCACAGCACCAGCCAAAGGGAAGCAGCACUCAUGAAGUUUCGGUUAAAACGGAAAGAUAGGUGCUAUGAGAAAAAGGUUCGAUACGAAAGCAGGAAAAGACUUGCAGAGCAGCGACCGCGAGUGAAAGGACAGUUUGUUCGUCAGCUACAAAACGGAACUCAGCCAAGGACGAAAUGCGAAUAGUCCUCCAAUGAGAAAAAAUAGUCAUUAGUCAAAUGUAGCAUAGCCAUUAAGAUAGAUAUACAGGUUUGUAGUUUUUGUGUGUUGUGUUAUGUGUGUAAUGUCUUUUAAGCCUGAGAAUUAGGGGAUUGAUGAUAGUUGCAACUCAAGAUGUUUCAAUUUUUAUUUAGUUAUUGGUUCAUGAUGAACUUAGCUUAGUAGGUGAAAUUUGCCUUGCAUUUGAGAGGAAGUUUGAAACGUUUAAUGGUGAACUUUGCAAGUAUUUGUAGUUUGGGCAAGGAACUUGAGAAAUUCAUUUGAUUUGUGUAUUAUGUGUAUAUAUAGUUGCACAAGAAUAUUAAAAGGAGAAUUCUUCAGGUUUUUUUAAA